AUUUGAAGUCCGAGGAGGAAAGAUGGGCAUACAGGAGGCAAAAGUGGCAGUGCUUGACAAGCUGGGGGCACCGAAGGACAAGGGAGCACUGAGGGCACUCCUGGGGUUUCUAAACUACUACCGACGCUUUAUCCCCAAUUUCAGCAAGAGAGCUCACCGGCUGAACCAACUGCUGAGGGAAGGGCAAGCCUGGAAGUGGGGACCAGAGGAAGAACAGGCAAGAAGGGACCUACUAGAGGCCAUUAAAGCAGGAACGGUACUACAGCUGCCAAGGAGAGACUUACCAUUCACGCUGUACACUGACUGGAGCAGCACGGGCAUGGGAGCAGUAUUGUGUCAAGAGGUAGAGGGAGAAGAGCGAGUGGUAGCGUAUGCCAGUCGAAGCUGCACGGCAACAGAAGCCAACUACAGUUCAUACGAAGGGGAAGGAUUAGCGACUGUGUGGGGAGUGACACACUUCAGGGCCUACUUGCAAAGACAAAGAUUCACGCUGAUAACAGACCAUCAGCCACUCCUGUGGCUGAUGACCAACGGAUCCUUGACAGGGCGGAAUGCACGGUGGGCAAUGCGACUGCAAGAGUACGACUUCAUCAUCAAGCAUCGCGCAGGAAAGACGCUACAACAUGCAGACGGGCUGUCACGGAAUCCUCCCCCAGCGGUAGAGCAGCAAUGGGCAGCAGUGGCCGCGGAGGGAGAAGAGAAGGGAGAUGUGCAGGAGCUGAAGGAACAAAAGGCAGCGGAUAUUUGGCUGCGCACGUCCCUGUGUCUGCAGGUGCGCGCGGAGCAGUUCGCGGCGGGCGCCAUCAGCCUCGCGGCCAAGUUCCUCAAGGUCAAGCUGCCGGGGGAUGGUGACAAGCCCUGGUGGGCCGACUUCCAUGUCACGCCCAAGACGCUUGAAGACGUGAGUGUGCAGCUGCUGGAGCUGUACGAGCAGGUGCGCCUGGCCCCUGCGCCCACCCACCCCGCUGCCACCACCACCGCGCCCUCCGCCUCCGCUGCGUCGCGAGGCAGCUCCCGCGGUGCGCCCACGUCCCUCUCCCACCCCCCUCUCGCUUCUGCCACCACCACCACCGCCACCACCACCAGCAGCGCUCCUCUGUUGGGUAAAGGGUCCUCUGCUGCGCCCAGUGACUCCCACUCGCUGCCUGGUGGCGGGGGAACAGCGGGAGGACAGGGGGGCGGAAGGCGGCACAGUGACGGCGAGAGGGAGAAAGAGAGUGAGAGAGGGGGUCACAGGGAGAGUGACGGGAGGAGAGAGCGGAUUGCUGCGAAGGGUAGGGAUGGGCGGGCGAACGGCAGUGUGGGAGGGGGGGAGAUGGCAGUGAACGGUGAUGGAGGGAGGAAUGCGGGUGAGGCAGGUGCAGUGGAGGAGAGGGGAGGAAGGAGGCAGAGUGGGGGGGUCUCGGGGUAUGGUAGCAGGGGUGGGGACACACAUGGGAGGGGAAGGGAUGGGACGCCAAAUGAAAGGGACGAGGGGGGGAGAAGGGGCAGUGGGGGAAGCAGUGCGGCGAUGGAGGAGGAGGAUGGGGAGAUAGGCGAGUGGUCGGGGGGGAAUGUGGAGGAACCAGGCAGCGCGCACCAGGAGGGCCGGACCAAGGGGGCCAGGGGCAAUGGGGUGGAUGAGGAGGAAGGGGCGGAGGGGCGGGGGAGGAAGAGGUGGGGCGGUGAGGAGGAGAUGGAGUAUGCGGUGCUGCUGGACGAGGUGGACGUGGGGGCCAGGGGGCCGGGCGGGGAGAGGGGGAGGGCGAGGGCGGGGGGCAGGAGCGAGUGGCAGGAGCAGGAGAGUGCUUCAAGGGGUGGCAGUGGCGAGAAGCGGCAGCAGGUGAGGGCCCGCCUUGCCUGUGCGGGGGCAGGGGCAGCUCGUGACGGGUGGGGGAGUGCGGACAGGAGGGAGGAGGAGGGCGAGGUGGGUGAGGCGGGGGAGAUAGGGGAGGCGGGGGAGGUGAGUGCAGGGGAGGGUGGCAGGGCGGAUGGGGGGGAUGAUGGGGUGGGGCGGGCAGCGGAUGGCAGGAGCAGGCGGAGUGGAAUGGACCUGAACCGUGCAGCGGACGAGCCGGCAGCGCGCAGCAGCGACAGCAGGGCAGGGGGGAGCAGCCGUGCGCACACUGGCGGUGCUGGCGCUGGCGCUGCUAGCGGUAGAGCUGACCAAACGACGCCAGGUAGUGGGGAGGAACACAGAGGGGUGCAGCGCGGUGGUUUGAGGCGAGGGAGGGAUGGGGAAGAGGCUGGCGAUGACGAUGAUGAGGGUGGGCAGCACAGGCAUGGUGGCGAGUGGGGAAGGCACAAGAAGGCACGCAUGGAGACAUAAUCAUGUCGCAACCGGCAUCGACCCAUGUUCAUGCCAUGAUAUUACCACAAUUCCCCGCAAAAGGCACCCCCUGUAGUUGAAAUGAAACCCCCCUGUGUAGUUAAAUCAGGGAGGGUGUAUUGGUACUCAUUUGUCUUGCAGUUACGUAAUCUCCCAGGCAAAGGACCCAUCGGUAAGAGAGUCCAUGGGUCGCUUGGAAGCAGGGUCCUCGACAUCAGACAAAUUCCGCCUGUUUGUCUGAUUUUCAGACUUUUUCUCAGGCGUUUAUAUGAUUUUUUAGAAGCCCAAUUAUUGAAUUUCUGAUGCCCUAGAAAGUGAUUUUGUAUCCUUCUGAUAUUUCAGAAAGGGUGUACGCUAUAUCUAGUGUUUGUAUAGACUGUAUAGGGUCACCUCUUAGAGAGUACAACCCUUAGAUAUGUAUGC